AUAUGGCCUUAAAAAUAUGUAGCUUAUGCUUCUUAUAGAUGAAGCAGGAGUAUCACAAUUACAGUAGUAAACGAGUCUCUGCACUGAAGUGUAACUGAUGUAAUUCUGAUUCUGUCCAGUGGGGGCGCUCUGAAGCCUGUGAGACGAAACAUCCAGCCAAAGAAGAAGAAUCUCACACUAACCUGAGGAAAGUGCUGCCCGUCACUGAACUUACAGAUGAAUUGUAAAUAUUGAAACUCGUAUCUGAACCAGCAGCUUUCUCUACGAACCACGUGUCAUUUUUAGUUUUAGUCCACAGAGCCGGAGCUGAAUAAACACGUAAAUUUAACGGUUUCCUGUUAGGGUUGGCUUCCAGCUGAUUAGCAUCGGGCUAACCGGUGUAGUUACUGACAGCUCUACCUGCUGGUAACCGUUAACGUUACCUGUCCAGGUACUCUCCCGUUCAGCCCUGCUCUCCUGUUCUUGCCGACGGGGCCUUCAUGUUGAACCACCUCUCCACUGCUCUAACGCUCUUCACCCGCCGACUCCCCGCUUCCUCCCCGCGGACUUUCUCCGGAGCCCUCCGCCGCCUCUGCAGGAUGGAAGCGGCCGUGGUGAGGUGCCUCCCCGGGGAGCCCAAGCUGACCAUCUCCUUCUGUCUGCAGGGCAGCCACAAGCACAUGCUCCGGGACCAGGACGAGCCGCUGGGUAAGGUCCUGGCCCGCAUCUCCAACGGGAUAGCCAAGAACCAAUCAAAAGCAAAGAAGUCCAAGAAGAACCGGGGUCAGGAGCAGCCGGAUGAAGCUGCGGAGCCCACCGUGGUGAAGCUGUUCUACGACGGGGAAGAGGUGCCGGAGACGGUGCUGAACGCGGAGGCUUGGCAGGACGGCUCCGUGCUGCAGGUGGGAGAUGUUAAAUAUUCAGUGCAGAGGAACGCGCCCACCUUCACCACCGCGGAGCUACCGGUGUCCUUGUUGGCCGGCUUCCCCGUCUGCCCUAAACUGGAGGUGGAGUUUGGGAACGUCCAGGACUGCGAGUUCACCUGGUUCAGAGAAAACUGCCCACACACGAGGUCUGAAGCUCCUGGCGAAACUUCAGAUCAGGACAGUGGUUGGACUCAGGUUGGAUGUGAGAGAGUUUACAUCCCAUCCAAUCAGGACAUCAGCUUCAGGCUCAAACUGAGCUGCACGCCCAAAGAUGGAAGUCGCAGUGGCCCGGCCAAGGAGCUGGUUUCUGUGGGAGCUGUGGAGGCUGGACCAGGUGUGUGCUUGUUUGACAACCGUCAUGCUUUCACAGCCAAAGUCACGGACUGGCCGACUGUGAGAGUGGUGUCGUAUAACAUCCUCGCUGACAUCUACGCCCAAACGGACCUUUCCAAGACGGUGCUGUACCCGUACUGCGCCCCCUACGCCCUGCAGCUGGACUACAGACAGAACCUGAUCAAAAAGGAGCUUGCCGGGUACAACAGCGACAUUAUCUGUCUGCAGGAGGUGGAUAAAGGAGUGUAUGUGGACAGUCUGACUCCAGCACUGGAUGCCUUUGGUCUGAACGGUGUUUUCAAGGUCAAAGAGAAGCAGCAUGAAGGACUUGCCACCUUCUACCGCAGGUCAAAGUUUCGACUCUUGAGCAGUCACGACAUCAUGCUGAGUGAGGCGUUGUCCUCUGACCCCAUGCACGCUGAGCUUCUGGAGAAGGUUUCUGCUAACGGUGCCCUGAAGAAUAAGAUCCUGCAGAGGUCCACCUCGCUGCAGGUCACUUUCCUCGAGGACCUGAAUAAACCCGGCAGGAAGGUCUGUGUGGCCAACACUCACCUGUACUGGCACCCGAAAGGGGGGAAUGUUCGCUUAGUCCAGAUGGGCGUGGCUUUGAAACACCUGAGUCAUGUGAUCAGCGAGGUCGCACCUGGAGCCCCGUUGGUCUUUUGUGGAGACUUUAACUCCACCCCACAUGCAGGUGUGUUUCAGCUGCUCAGUGAGGCUGUGGUUCCUCCGCAGCAUGCAGACUGGAGCAGCUCGGGGCCGGAGGAGUCCUGCAGCAUGGAGCUGCUCUCUGACAUCCCCCCUCUGCUGAGCGCCUGCGGAUUGCCGGCUUACACCAACUAUGUGAGAGGGUUUCAAGGCUGCCUGGAUUACAUCUUCAUACAGCCGGACUGCAUGCAGGUGGAGCAGGUGAUCCCCCUGCCCAGUCUCGAGGAGGUCACCACCUACGAGGCUCUGCCCAGCGUGGCUCACCCCUCCGACCACAUCGCUCUGGUUUGUGACCUCCGGUGGAACCCCUGACCUCUGACCUCCAACCAUGAUGGACAGAGAUGCUUAAAAACAGUGAGAUUUAAACUGUGUCCCUGCAGGUUUACCAAGAAGAACCAAAGUCAACAGAAGCUCAGAGGAUCAGAAAAAAGAACUUGAACCACAACACAGUGAAAGUUCAUGUGAAAUUAUUCACAGUCCUUAUUAGACAAUAAAUUAUUUUCAUCACUUAUAUUCAGUGUUGGAAUGAGAAAAGUAAGUAAUUGCACAUUUUGAGAAGGGAUUUAAGAAAGGGAUUGAUUAAAUACUCAAAAAACAAACUCACAAUACUGCAUCAUAAUAGUUUGAUGAUUAAUGAUCACUCUGAGGUUAUUCACUUUAUUUCUGGGUUAAUAGAUAAAUAUUGACCUUUUAAUAUAAGUAUUUAUUAUUGUUGCCAAAUGUGCUGCUCAGUGGGCCUUUCAGUUUUUAAAUAAAGUCUACAACAGUGAC